AUGUACUUUCGCCCCGGCUUCGUUGCGGUGAUUGUUGGGUGUGCGUUGACUGGACUUUCAACGUUGGUGGUAGCCCUCCGCUACUACUGUCGGUACUUCCUCGUCGGCACCGUGACGGCGACGGACCAUCUCAUGCUCACUGCGCUGGUGCUUACCUGGGGCAACGUGGUGGUGAACUACUAUCAAGAUGAGACCAGCAGCCAGACGCGACCGAGCUACUACCGGCUGCCGGAGAAACGACCGUUCCUGCGAGAGACGAUCAAGGGCGUGAUGAUAACGUGGUGGGUGUACCGCAUGUCGUACGUGGCGGCGCUCUGCUUCGUCAAGCUCAGCAUCCUGCACUUUUUCAAGACCAUGGCGUCGCACCGCGCGCUCCGCCACGUGGUCAACGGAACCAUGGCGUUUGUCAUCCUGUACUCGCUCGGCGCCGUCGUGGGCGCAGCAUUUCAGUGCCGACACCUGCCCGACGCAUGGAACGCCGACGCGUACCUGGCCGAGUUUGACGAAUUCCCGGACCCGGACGCGCCCAAGGUGCAGUGCUACGACCCGACGAUCCUGUUCGUCUGGACGGCGGCGCUCAACCUCUUCAGCGACGUCGUCAUCCUGCUGAUCCCCAUGCCGACGCUGCUCGGCCUCAGCGUGCCGCUCAAGCAGCGGCUCGCGCUCGUGGCCAUCUUUGGCGUCGGCAUGCUCGCCAUUGCGGCGUCGGCGGCGCGCAUGCACGUGAUGCGGCUGUGGGCGGCGUCGCCGUACGACUCGGCCGUGUACGGGUCGGCGCUGCUGCUGUGGGGCCAGGUGGAGAUAAACAGCGGGAUUGUGUCGGCGUCGGUGCCGUUUCUGCGGCUGCUGUUCAAGCGGCGCGAGAGAGCGGAGCGCAGGGCGUACUGCAGGAAGGCGGUGGGGAUGGCGAGCCCGCGCGCGCGCCGGCCGCAGCUCGAGCCGCUCGAGCCGCUCGAGAUGGACACGGUGGUGCUGGUGCCCGCGCAGGCGCACGGCAAGGGCGCGGAUGAGGAGAUGGGGUGGAAGCCGUUCAUCACGGUGCCGGCGAGCCUGGGCGAGCACGGUCGCGACGCAUUACCGCUAGUCCGAGCCGAAGCUACCGUGAUCGGGUAA